ACAGUCAAUUGUCUAUUCCUCCUUUUCGAAUCCUCCCUGCACGAUUGCUGGCAUUGUUGGUGCCCCCACGACCCGGCAUCCACUGCAACUCGCCAAUAUCACCUAGUGUGCGGUCGACUUGGUGCCGAUUACAGCUUUUGCGCUCGAUUCCGGUCCGCUCGGGACCUUUGCCUCGGACCACCCAUCCGCCGGCAACAGCCUUGCUAGAGCACGUCAGACGUCUGUACGGCGCGUGAUAUAAGACGUGCGCUUGUCCGCCGGUUUGAAAUAACACUAUGUUACGGUCGUCUUUAGGGGUAGGCCGAGGCCGAAUCCCGGCUUUGCAGAAACCCGGACGCUUGCUGAGAUCGGAUAGCGCUCUGCUCCGCUGGAGCCAGAUCAGACGAGCUGCCUCGACUGUCACCCGACUUGAGAACUUCCCGGAGAUUGGAGAAGGGAUCCAUGGGUUCACCGUCCAGGAAAAGAAGCACGUCCCAGAAUUGCAUCUCACGGCAAUCCGGUUAAAGCAUGACAAGACAGAUGCGGACUACAUCCAUGUGGCUAGGGAAGACAAGAACAAUGUCUUUGGUAUCGGGUUCAAGACGAAUCCCCCAGAUGCGACCGGCGUUCCUCAUAUCUUAGAGCAUACUACCCUAUGCGGAAGUGAAAAAUUUCCCAUUCGCGACCCCUUCUUCAAAAUGCUGCCUCGGUCCCUCUCGAAUUUCAUGAAUGCCUUUACCUCUGCCGACCACACCACCUAUCCUUUCGCCACGACGAAUCAGCAGGACUUUCAAAAUCUCCUCUCGGUUUAUCUCGACGCCACAUUCCACCCGUUACUGAAGGAAGAGGAUUUCAGGCAGGAAGGAUGGCGGCUGGGACCGGAGGAUCCUCACGCCAUUCGGGCCCGUGAAGAGCAGUCGCAGGCGGACCAGACGCCAGAGGAUAUCCUUUUCAAAGGCGUCGUAUACAAUGAGAUGAAAGGCCAGAUUUCGGAUGCCAACUAUCUAUACUACAUCAAAUACAAGGAGAGCAUCUUUCCCGCACUCAACAAUUCGGGAGGAGAUCCUCAGUACAUCACCGAUUUGACUCACAAGCAAUUGGUCGACUUCUCCAAACGCAAUUACCACCCCAGCAAUGCCAAGAUCUUCACUUAUGGUGACAUGCCGCUAAGCGCUCAUCUUCGACAAAUCGGGAACGUGCUGGACGGGUUUCAAAAAGGCGAGGCUGAUACGGCCGUCAAGCUGCCGGUCGACCUCACUCAAGGUCCUCGAAGCGUGACUGUCUCAGGCCCAAUCGAUACAUUCGCCAGCGAGGACAAGCAGUACAAAACAUCCACCUCCUGGUACAUGGGAGAUACUGCCGAUGUUGUCGAGACCUUUUCAGCCGGGAUCCUGUCCUCGCUGCUCCUGGACGGUUAUGGGUCACCCUUGUAUCGAGCCCUGAUCGAAAGUGGCCUAGGCUCUUCAUUCACCCCUAACACGGGCCUUGACUCGUCAGGUCGUGUACCCGUCUUCUCAGCUGGUGUUACUGGUGUGAGCGAAGAGGAAGCGCCGAAGGUUAAAGAUGCCAUUCAGAAAGUUUUCGAGGGGUGUCUUUCGACGGGAUUUAGUGACGAAAAGGUCCGAGGGUUUCUCCACCAGUUGGAGCUCGCUCUGAGGCACAAGACCGCCAACUUUGGAAUCGGAGUGAUGGAGAAGACCAUCGCUUCGUGGUUCAAUGGCUCCAACCCCAUGGAGGAGCUUGCUUGGAAUGAGGUCAUUGAUGAGUUCAAACGGAGGUACGACAAGGGCGGCUACCUAGAGUCUCUGAUGCAGAAGUAUCUCAUGAACGAUAACUGCAUGACUUUCACAAUGGUUGGCAGUCCCACUUUCAACAAGGAGCUAGACGAGCAAGAACUAGUGCGGAAGGAGAAGAAGCUCAACCUGCUCAUUGAGCAGCAUGGCUCCCUUGAGAAAGCCAUUGCCAAGCUGACAGAGGAAGAGCUUCAAUUACUCAAAACUCAAGAGGAGGCUCAAAAUGCGGACUUGGGUUGCCUGCCCUCCCUUCAGGUUGCGGAUAUCUCUCGGGAGAAAGAGCGCAAGCCAGUUCGGGAGUCCAAAGUCGACGACGUAGAUGUCGUCUGGCGUGAGGCUCCUACUAACGGUCUGACCUACUUCCAGGCGCUGAAUGCCUUUGAAGACCUUCCAGAUGAUCUCCGGCUACUGAUGCCACUCUUCAACGACUGCAUAAUGCGCCUUGGCACGGCAAACAAGUCAAUGGAGCAGUGGGAAGAUCUCAUCAAAUUGAAGACUGGCGGAAUCUCCACAUCCUCAUUCCACACUUCGUCACCAACGCAGCUGGGGAAGUUUGCCGAAGGCCUCCAAUUCUCUGGGUUCGCCUUGGACCAAAAUAUUCCGGAGAUGCUGGAAAUCCUAACUACGCUGAUCACUGAGACGGAUUUCACCAGCGCCGGUGCACCGGCUAUGAUUCAGGAACUGCUGCGACUGACGACGAACGGCGCCUUGGAUGCGGUGGCCGGGUCAGGCCAUCGGUACGCCCUCAAUGCCGCGGCAGCAGGUCUCUCGCGUAGCUUGUGGGUCCAAGAACAGCAGUCCGGGCUGGCUCAGUUGCAAGCUACAGCCAACCUGCUGCGCGAUGCGGAAACGUCACCAGAGCGGCUUGCAGAGUUGAUUGAGAAGCUCCGUCUAAUUCAGUCGUUUGCCACCUCCAAAUCUUCGGGUCUCCGUGUCCGUAUGGUCUGCGAGCAAAGCAGUGCCAAACAAAACGAGUCGGUUCUACAAAAAUGGCUUGCGGGCUUACCCCAAAUUCGCUCACCAACGUCUACACCCAGCAGUUCGGCUAUCGGCCUGAGUGCACACAAGGCAUUCUAUGAUAUGCCUUAUAAAGUCUACUACUCAGGAUUGGCUAUGCAAACCGUCCCAUUUACCAACCCAUCCAAUGCGACACUCAGCGUCCUCUCCCAGCUUCUUACGCAUAACUACCUCCACCCGGAAAUCCGCGAGAAGGGAGGCGCGUAUGGUGCGAGUGCCAUGAAUGGGCCAAUCAAGGGGAUGUUUGCUUUCACCAGUUAUCGGGAUCCCAACCCCAUCAAUACCCUAAAGGUUUUCCAGAAUAGCGGGGUCUUCGCUAGGGACCGAGCUUGGUCGGAACGGGAGCUCAACGAGGCGAAGCUGGGCAUUUUCCAGGGCCUUGAUGCCCCCAUGAGCAUCGACGAGGAAGGCGCGAGAUAUUUUAUGAGUGGCGUGACUCAUGAGAUGGAUCAGCGCUGGAGAGAACAGGUUCUCGAUGUCACGGCCAAGGAUGUCAACGAAGCUGCCGAGACAUUCUUGGUCCAGGGCUCACAGCGGUCGGUCUGUCUGCUCGGUGAGAAGAAGGACUGGGUUGAACUGGAAGGCUGGGAUUUGAGAAAGCUUUCUAUGAACGUCUCUGGCGAAUGAGUCCUAACAUAGCGGCGGUCCGGCAGGGACAGCUAGACUGCCAAGGGCUUCUGAUAUCCUGCUUCCACCUAUCCCAUUCAUGUAUCCUCCCUUGGUAGCAUCCGGCCCGUCGGCCCGGCGUACGAAAGGCUACGCCCGGUUAGCCAUUCGGAACCGGAACAGGUAAUGUUUCGGCCCUGCAUCAGGAGGUACGGUGCAUGGAUCAUUGGAUGCGAAGAAUCACAUGAGGGAGGAGUUCGAGAUGGAAUGGGGAGGACAACGAAAAGGAGGUACUCUCCGAGGUUGAAGAGUUGAAAGAGACACACGUGUUUCUCUUGUAGAUACUAGUUCUUACUCCCGCAAAUUGAAUCGACCCUUGUCUGGGCGUGUUCUAGGAGCCUAUCGGAGCCCGCUACUGG